GGCAACGAUAUAUCAAUACACUAAAUUCAAAGGCUUAAUAAUUAUUGAAUUUCAACUAUUUUUGUAUAUUUAGUAUCUAAUAAUAUAUAAAUACCUCUUUUAUUAACAAAAAUAAAAUGUUUAAGAUCUAAAUAUACACAUGACUAGUACCUACAUUUGUAAAGCGGAUUAUCAAACGUGAUGUGAUAAAUAAGUAAUAAGGCUUAGGCUUCGUGAACAAUAUUCAAACUCAAUAAAUUAUAAAUUCUAUUAAAAACCUGAAAUUUUACACACAAAAAAGGAAUUAAAAACAACCCCUACCAUGUCCCGGGCAGCAGGAACAUUGAUAACAACCAACAAUGCUACUUAUAUACCUCCUCGUUUUAUGCCAGGGUAAGUAAAAUAUUAAUAUUUAAUUAUUAUUAAUUAUAAUUAAUAAUAAUUAAAUAUUAAUAAAAUAACUCAUGUUUGCUAAAAUUAGGAAGAAAACGUUAAAAAUUUAUGAAAUAAUGUGUUAAAUCGAUCCCUAUGCCUAACCCGAACCCUAAAUUACUAAACCAAUCCCUAAUCUAUGCCUAAUCCGAACCCUAAGUCACUAAAUCUAUCCCUAUGCCUAACCCGAACCCUAAAUUACUAAACCAAUCCCUAAUCUAUGCCUAAUCCGAACCCUAAGUCACUAAAUCUAUCCCUAUGCCUAACCCGAACCCUAACUCACUAAAUCUAUCCCUAUGCCUAACCCGAACCCUAAAUCAAAAUCGAUCCCUAAAUCGUACGCCUAAAGCCACUAGUAAAAACAUGUGGAAUUUACGUAAUGUGGCAAGAAAACGAUAAAAAUUAACAAAAAAAUGCCCAAAAUAAUUAUAACAUAAAGAAAUGAUGAAAAUCCAACUUACAGUUUCAUGAAAUACACUUUUACAUACUUUUUUUCAGGUUCCAACACAAAUAUAGCCACAAAAUGAAUAAAUCUCCACACUCCACAGGCUCCCCAAAGAUAUCAAUGAUGGUGCAACCAAAUAAAAAUGAUAAUGAGCCAACCAAUCAAAAUUUUAAAAUUAUAAUUAAUCAACCAAUAAAAUUUUAAUUCCGAAAAUGUAACUCUUUUAACAAAAAAAUACAAAAAAAUAUGGGGAGUAAAUCCAAAACAAAGUCGUCGUGGGCCGCUAAAUCUGAAAUAGCCUAGUAUGCUGCAAUAGGCCCUACUCUAUUCACUCUAUACUCUGCCAAUUUUGGGUGACACCUUAAUUUGUUGUGAAUUUAAUCAGAUAAUUUUUCUAAAUUCCUAUUCAUAUUUUUCCUAUAAUAAUGCCCUAUACUAAUUGUUUUCCGUCCGUCAAAAUCAACUAGGACCAUCGAGUCAUCCGGUUAGGGGGGAGGGUGGGUUACGGUGAGCUCAUAGGUGGCUUGCUAGGCCAAUCCGUGCUUGGAAUAAUCUCUGGCACCGCGGGCAGGGGAUAGUUGCUGCAGAUGGUGAUCUAAUGUUGCUCUUUCGGGCCAGCCUGCAUGUCUCAGCUGUGGUUAUCCUACUGGCUUCAUGGGAUUUAGCCCCCUUUUAACAGCUGCUCUCCACAUGGCUCUGUCCUGGGGUGUCUGCACCCAUUGAGUAGGGUUGAUGCUGAAGGCCUUUAGUGCCGCUUUCAGUGAGUCUUUGUAACGUUUUGUUUUACCUCCUUGGGAGUGCUUGCCUAUCGUGAGUUCUCCGAAGAAUAUCUGUAUUGGGAGCCGGUUUUCUUCCAUACGAGCUACGUGUCCCAUUCAACGGAGCUGAGACUGCAUCAGGGUGGUGAAGAUACUAGUUAGGUUCGCUCUAGCGAGGACCUCUGUGUCAGGAACUUUGUCUUGCCAAGUGAUGCCGAGGAGUUUCCUGAGGCAGGUUGUGUGAAAAUGGAUCAGUUUCUUGGCAUGACGCUGGUAGACUGUUCAUGUUUCACAUCCGUAGAGCGAUGUUGAGAGGACUGCUGCGCUAUAGACAUUGAUCUUCAUUUCUCGUCUGAUACUUCUCCUGUCCCAAACAGUGCUGCGGAGCCUGCCAAAUAUGGCACUAGUUUACGCAAGUCUGGCAUUCAUUUCAUCUUCCAUGGCCACAGAUCUGGAGAGGGUGCUGCCAAAGUACGUAAAUUUAUUCACCGAAUCAAGAUAUGUCUGCUGAUGAUGAUGUUGGGUUCAAUGAUGGCCUUCCUAGGAGCUGGCUGAUACAUCACCUCAGUCUUCUUUGUGUUGAUUGUGAGGCCAAAGUUAUUACAGGCCUCAGAAAAGAUGUCAACACUGUGUUGCAUGGCGGCUUCUGAGGCAGCGUUAAGGGCACAUUCGUCCGCAAACAGACUAUCAUUGAUGGUGUUAUGUUUGACCUUGGUCUUAGCUUGAAGUCUCCUAAUCUUGAAGACUGAUCCAUCGGUGCGAAACCAGAUUGGCAAGCCCAUGGUGGGGUCCUUGAAUACUAAUACUAUACUUGACAAAGGCAAAGUACCCAACCUUUCAGAAAUUUGACUUUCAAAAUUAAUAUAAAGUAGGCUAUAAGUUAUAAGUAAGAUUUUAAAACUUUUCUUUUCUUUUAAACCUUCUCCUUUAUUUUUUGAAAAAGUCUUGAUUUAAAUUUAAGUGGUCUACUUUCAAUGGCAAUGAGAAUUAUGAAUUUACACCUUUUGGGGGAUACUCACUAAUAAAGUAAUGUUAAACUUUAAAAGAGGAAAUUAAAGUUAAAGCAAUUAACUGAAGUGGAAUGAACUAAAGUGCCACAGUGACCAGCAACUUUUCUCUUUUCAAAAAUGCAUCCAAGUUGACAUUACUUAUUCCACAUGAUAGAGUCAGGAGUUCCUUUUUGUAAUUGCUGGACAUACAUAAACACUGUUGUUGAUUCUUUAACAUGUCAAAACAUACAGUUUUGAGAAUUCUGGUACUGGUUUAGGUAUAUGAGUAUAUGGGAUAAAAUGAUUUUGUAAAAAACUUAUUACCUUUUUUCCCAUGUAAAAAAUAACUCAUAUAAUAUAAUUAUAAUUAAAUGUGAUAUUUUCCCCUAGAUAUCGUGGGUACUGUCCUACAAUAAAAUAUGAUUAUGGAGAGACGUAUGGAAACCAUACAGCAAAAUAUUUUCAGGACUACCGUUCAUCCGUCUUAAAUAGUUCAGCAGAACCAUAUUGCAAAGGAGGGUCUUUUCCCACAGUCUAUUCCCACAACCCAGACUUGGUGAUAGGCAACAGAACAAGAACACAAGAUCGCUGGCUCUUGGCUCCAAAGUAUCAGUUGUCUAAUGUGGAUCAUGAUCGGAAAGAGGAACUCUAUCAGUUUAACAGGGUAUAUUGUCAUUUAAAUAUGUACACUUAAUAAAACUAUAAUAAUAAUAAAUACAAAGUGAUAAAACUAUAGAGAAUAGAUGUAAUUUUAUUUUAAUCUCAUUUUAUUUAUGGCGUAACUAUUAAUCCUGUGUGUGUGUGACGCAGUGAUGAUAGUUAUCUUGAUCUAAAUUAUUAAAUCAACUGUUACUCCUACUUCUGCACAUUGAAAUGUCAAGUCCUAAUUUACAUACAAUGCACUUUAUUUCCAUGAAACACAAUAAAUAAUCCUUUGAAUGACAUGAUAUGCAGCUCCAAAAUAUAUAGGAUCUAUUCUUAGGCAUUGAUUAUGCUUCUACUUUGGUCUAAGACAGCGGUUCUCAACCUGUGGGUCGCGACCCCUUUGGGGGUCGCACGACCCUUUCCCAGAGGUCGCCUAAGACCAUCUGAAAACACAUACUCUACAGUUAUAAAGUAUCAACGAAAGUAAUUUUGUGGUUGGGGGGGUCGCCACAACAUGAGGAAAUGUAUUAAAAGGUCAUGACAUUAGAAAGGUUGAGAACCACUGGUCUAAGAUGUCUGCUCAACUCUCUCACUUCAAUCUCAUGAAUUAUACUCCCACCAGUUUUUUUGUUGAAAAAAUUUUUUCCAUUUACUUUACAUAUAUGCCUACAUUACUAAAAAUAUUUUUUUAAUAACCAGUAUGGUAUUUAAUUUUAAUCAUUUUUUAUUCAAACCUUGUAUUGCUUGUAAAUCAAUUUUUUUUAAACUUGUCCAUUUUAUUGUUGCUCAGACAAGCAUAUUUCUAAAAAGGGAAGUAAUUUGUCCAUAAAAUUUUAUAAAUUAUUAAUGAUUUAGUUCAAAUAUAUAAAAACUAAAAUCCAUUUCCUCAGAUAUAUAUUGUGUUUAAAUGACCUUAUUUUUGAAGAGAUUUCCUAAUGCUUAUAUUACUUGACUAUAAAUGCUAACAAAUUAAUUAAUCAAAAAACUUUAAUAGUACAUAGCCAAAUGAGAUUUAUUCUUGUUAUUAUGUUCGCCUGAUAGAAGAAAAGAAGAAACUAUGGAUUUAUGAAAAAAUUUUCAUCAUCAUGGUGUGUUCAAAAUGUUAAAACAAAUAUAUUAUUUAAUUGUUACUUCCCUAAUUUUCACUUGUUCUUUUUUUCAGCUUGCUCAGUCACAUCGUGAACAUUACAUAGACAAAAGUGGAACAGUAAAGCCAGUGGAUUACUUUAGUAUCCCAACCACCGGAGAAGAGCAAUUUAAGAGAUAUUUUCCUUUGUAAGUUGCAUGCUUUGAGGUACCAUUGUGUGGAGUUUUUUUUAUUUUGCCACUCCAUAUUUCUGCAUAUGUAGAUCCCGUUUCUGUUAGCAAAGUGAAAAUUUGAAAAUUUAUAGAUAUAAUUAUUAUAUUUAAAAUUAUUAUAUUUAAAAUUAUUAUAUGCUAAGUCUAAAUCAUGUUUUAUAUUACCAUAACAUGAAAAAGUUAAAUCAAGAAUUUACACUGUCGUAACGGUACACCAAUAUCAAAAAUUUAAAUAUUUUUUGCUAAAUUUGUUAAUUAAUAUCUAAUGACCUUUUAAAGAAGUUUAUUUUUAAUGUAAUUUUACAGUGCUGAAUACACUUUUAAAAUUUUAGAAUUAAUGUUGUAACAUCAUACAUUAGUAACUAUACAUUUACUCAGUAGGUUUUAUUGGGUUCAUAUAUAAAAUCAGUAAUUAUCAUCAAUAUGUUAUGUUAUGUAAAUGCAUAUUUUAUGAUAAUUUUUUUUUAAAACAGCUUGUUAUUACUACUAAAAUGUUUGCAGUUAACAACUUUAAAUCAUUUAUGAAAGCCUAGCAUAACUUAAUUAAUUUUGAGCACAGGAGUGUUGUUUUUAUUGUGAGAUUUUUCUUUCAAUACCGGUAAUUGUCUUUUCCCCAAAUAUAACUUAUUUAAUACAGAGCAGAUUGAUUCUUUAAAUCUUAACCAAUCUGAUAAAAUGAAAAUGAUAUGUACAUUCUAUUUCAUUUGCCUAAGCCUAUUCACAAUUUAAAAAAAACAACUCAUAGUCUGUAAAGUUUCUUAUGUGGAUAUAAAAUAAUAUUUAUUUUUCUGUCAUUGCACUCAUAAGUCCAGAAAAAAUAUUAAAAUGAAGAGUGCAGACAAAAUUUAAUCAGAUUAAUACAAUAUUUUGUUUUGAAAAAAAGAGAAGAAAAUACCAGUAUAUUUAAUUUUAGUUGGUACUGCAUAAAUACCGGUAACCUUGAACAGUAGUUGUGUCAAGAAUCAUUUGAAUUUUUUUCAUAAGCUUGCAGUGAAUAACAAUUUAAAGUUUGACUUAGAUGUACACAGAACAAGGCUAAAUAAUUGGUGUUUUGAUUCUGAUUUGAGAUGCUGUUUUUUUUUUUUCCAGAAUCUUUGUAAUCUGAAAUACUAUGAAGCUUUUGAAGUUAUUUAAACUAAAAUGCACAUAUAUUUUGUACGGUACCGGUAUUGUGAAAUGUCACAUCUGCUUGUAUUGCCAGUAUUGGUCAUCAUUUUAUAAAUAAUUUAAAAAAUAAAUUUGAGUGCUAACAAGUUUAGUUGUUUUGCUUUCAAUAAUUUGGUGUUGCACAGCUUUGCAAGUUUCAGAAUAACUUUUUGAAUAAUCAAGGUUUAAGACACCAUUACCAAGCUUUUGUGACUAAAUUUUAUCUGCCAUCCCAAUAAAGGUAAGUUAAUUUUCUGUACAUUAAUUGUUAAAAGAAAAAAAGUGGAUUUUUUAUAUUUCUAAUCCUAUUCCUAGUCGAAUAUACUGGUACCAGUAAUCGGUAGCGUGGCUAGGAAUAGUGUCACCAGUGAGGUAAAAUUAUGGUGUCACCCCCCACCCCCAGACUUCCACUAUGGAUUUUUUCGUGUUAAAUUAAGUCCACAAUACAAUGACAUGAACAAAAACAAAUAAAUUGAAUUGUAAUUAAGAACUGUAACAUCGUUAAGUUAUAAUUAUUUUUACAUUAAGUCUACUUAAUUUUAAGUUUUCAUUUCCCUGUCGUCAAUGCUGCAAACCUGUCAAUCACUUGAUCAAAAUCAAUAACUUUUUUUGCAUCACUUUCAAUUGAUAGUAGAUCCCUACCAUUGUGGAUCAUAAAGAGUUCUUGAUAAGCCUUAGUUUUCAAAAUCUCAGCUCACAUAAAGCCACAGACACACAGAUUGUAAGAAACAAGUAAAGACUUAGCGAGAGCAUUGCAAGAGAUUCUAGGAAGUCUCAUUCAGCUAUGAAUUUUAAAACAUCAAAUACUUACCUGUCCAUGACUUUGUGAAAUUCAAUAUCAGCUGCCUUUAGGUGUCGUCUAAGUCUUGGUAUUUCUUUUAGAAGUUCAUCUUCUGAUAAUUCAUCAUAGAAAGAGAUUAAUUUUGCUGAUAAUAGACCCAUGGGUUGAACAGAACCAAACAUAUCUGCUACUUAUUUGAUCGCUGAUGAUCUGAUCUGGAGUUCUGAAUGAAAGCGAUCAAUAAAUGCCAGCAUCUCCCUACUGUUUUUUUCUUCAAGAGAGUCCAGCAUCUAUAAAUUGUUCUUCUGCCAUUUUCUUCUUAAAUCUGAAUUUUCUCUUCACCGAAAUUCCACAUUGGUCUGAUUUUAAAAGUGCAUAUUCAAUAGGCAUGUUGCACCACAGGACAGCGAUUCUCGUGCAGAAACAAUCUUAAGGCUUCUAGGUUGGUCAGCACUGUACUAAGAGUAUAGCCUUUAGUCUACAGAUGCUGAUGUGUAAGAUUAACUUCCUCAAGAAGAUCAGCCCAAAGGUAAAGGUAGAGGAUAAACAUAUAUCACAGACAGCAUGUAAAAGACCUUAAGCUGUUCAUCUUGUAUCCAAAUUUUCAAGAGGCCCACAUAGAGCUUCAAUUGCCACCACACAUUCAACAAACUUAUCUUUCACUGUUUUAAUAGCAGCAUUAUGAGCACUCAAACAUGUUAUUGACAGUCUUUUCACCGACAUUCCAGUGUGUUAAAUAAAACAUCCCAUUAAUGAAUGGAUGCGGCGAAGAAGGAAAAUAUUCUCUUAACAGUACCGAAAAAUGUAAUACAUGAAGCAUUUUCAGCAAAAGAGUGUUGACCACAAAUCAAUUAAAAAUGGCUUUCUUAUUUAUUCUUUUCAGAAGGGCCUGAAAAUCUCCAUAGAUUCCAGACAUUGUGACAUUAUCGUAACAUUGAACUCUGUAUAUCAUCAUGUCUAGUCCAUCACGUUUUAGAUUUGUAAGAAUGUCAGAACUGAGGUCAUCAGCGUUUUACCCUCUAAAAGGGAACAAUUCAAAAAACAGUUCUCUCACUAUAACUUUCCCAUUAUGGAUUUUCACAUAUCUGAUCGGGGCACACCUCUUUUAGAUUUUGCAUUUACCCCUGUCACUACGAUGAAUGGCCCGUCCUUGUUCUGAAAUAAAGCACUCUCUAUUUUAAUCAUUUCAGACCUAAAAUGAUCUGGAACUGAUACAUUCCAGAGAUAAUAAUUGAUGGACAUUCCAGAGAGAAGCAUCUGAUAAAAUAUUCCAGUUUUUCUCAUUAACCAUCAUAUUUACAAUAUCUUGGUUUGAAUAGACAUUAUCAGCACCCAUGUCUGCACUAUUUGCUGUUCUAUAUUACGCAUGCUGCUCGUAUCAAAGGAAUCAGUAACAAUGGUAGGCCAAAGAAGGUCUUUUUAUGAACCAUGGUCAUCAUUUGGUUUCUUGACAUUUCAAAGCAUGGAUCUUGGUAGUGAUUUUACCGAGUCACAUCUUUCCUUUUUUUGCUUUUCGUUGCUGGCAGCCACUUGGCUGUUUAGGCAUCAUAAAAUAAUCAUGAACAAUAUCAAUACUUCAAUUGUGUCUUUUCAAAACAAUAAACCAAAUAAUUACUUAUUACUAAAGUUCAAAAACAACAGUCAGAGCCCUGUCCAAAAUACAAUGCACAAAGGUGACAGGUAAAACAUGGGGGUAAAUAUCAUAGAGCAAGACCUUAGUAUAGUAGUAUGACAACAGAAAUUAAUUGAGUACAAACAGCUACCUGCAUAUGAAUAGGAUUUUAUUUGUUUGCUCCUUGCAUCCGUGGUAAACUUGUAAGAAAUGACUAUUAUUUAAUAUAUACUAUAUCUUGUAAACCUAAGAGAGAUUAUAUUUAAAACAUUUUUUUUAAUGUAUGGAUAUUAUAUUAAGAUAUUUUAAAACGUAUCCAAUCUGUGUUAUACAACUUUUUAAAAAAUAGAAUAAUAAAGGAAUAGAAAUAUUUCAAAUGUUUUUUAGUUCCUAAAUUGUAUUGGUUAUUCUAAUUCUAUGUAUGGCUGUCACAUUUGCCCUUCAACCAAAGCGGUUGCAAGGGGCCUCACCAUUUUGCCAUGCUAGUUAUUAUAACUUGAUGGCUUAAUUUUUAUUUUAUUAAGUAGCAGUAGCUGUAUUAAGUGUGAUGGAAAAAAAAUUAACAUCUCUCACCAUGUUAUUAAACAAUCACAAUCCUUAUACAAUACCAGUACUUUAUUUUCCUAUUGAAGUGCAUUAAUCAACAACCAUUGAAUACAUGCAUUAAAGAACACAAUCAUUGGAGCCUUUAAUUUUAAUACUGAGAUGUCAGUUACAUUGAUUUCAGCAUCCCUGGGACUUCAUAUUACAGCGAUGAUGGAAAUUUGUUUAAUACAGAGACAUCUAGUAGGAAAAGACCACUUGCCCAGCACCUCCCUCCUGUAAUGUCAUCUCAGAGGAAUCGAGCGAUGCGAAAUGUUGUGUUUGAAAGGCGAUGAGGCGUACAAUUAUUAGUUAUUAAGGUCAUAUACAGGAAAUACUAUUGUGUGUACAAUAAUACUAAAAGAAUUUUUUUAUUUUUUUUUGUUGAAUGGAUAAAAUAUGAGAUUUUUAUUUAUAAAUUUGAUAAAAGUAAAAGGUUUGAAAUCAUUUUCAAAAGUUUGUAUAACUAAACACAGCUCAAAUCAAGCACAAGGUAUUUUAUAAGUACAAAGUUUCACUAAUUGCAAAAUGUGUGGACUUAAUUUUAUUUUUUAAUAACAUUUACAAUAAUAUAAUAGUUAAUGUUCAUUUCCUAACUUUUAUUGGUUAUGAACCUUUUUUAAUUUUAGAAAUACUUAAUUAGCAUUAAUUGUAAUUAAGGGCUUUAAAGAAACAUUUUAUUUGAAUAAAUUGAAUCUCAUGUCAUGAAAACUUCUGAGCUGGAACUUUUAUAUCGGAAAAGCAAUAUCACCAAAUAAUUAUUUAGUUUUAAAUUUUACAAACACAACAAACCUUGUCAAAAAAUAUAUUUUCGUUAAUUGACCGAGCUAGUUUAGCAAACUAAAUGUUGACUUUAAAAAUCUUGAUUCCAAAACAUUGAAUUUAAACUACAUUUAUUAUUUAUCGUAAAUACCCAACUUUACUUUUAAGCUGUCUUUUACUUUUCAUCUUUAAAUAUAAUUUUUUACUCUUCUAACUUCUAUUAUUUUAAACAUGUUCUGUUAAUAUUCCUACUUCAGGUAGGAGAUUACACAUUUUACCGCUAAUAUAUCUAAGACAGAUAUUUUUUAAAUUUAUGUCACUGGACAACUAUUUAUUUGUUAAAAUAAAACAAUCAGAAAUUAAGACUUGCACAGACUUUUUAAAAAGAUUUAUUGUCAAAACUUGUAAAACAUUUUGUAGAGACUUUAACAUACCCGGUACUUAAACACGUGGUAAGCAUAAAUUUACUUAAUAAUUAAUACUUGAGGUGCUUAAUAUCUGUUGGUAACUGAAAGUCCAUAUCAAACACAUAGCUGCCUGGGCUGGCCCUAGGAAAUUCACUGCACCUUUCAAUAACAUACCUUGCCACCUCUGCCCCACACAAAUAAAAUUCAAGAUUUUAAAUGUAUUAUUUUUAACAAUUGCUGCCCUUUCCAACGCUUUCCACCCCUUUAAAAUCCACUUGGUGUAUGCUCUGUAGAAAAAGCCUGAUAACUGGUAGCUUUAGUUUUGUACAGUAAAAUAAAGAGAGCAAUGCAUAACAAAUGUAAUAAUUAAGUUCUAUGCUGUUAAAAGUAUAAGUAAACUGCCACCAGCAAUUUAAAAUUGAAUAAUAUAAAGUUGCAAUGCCAGUAAGAAUAAUAAAUACAUUCAAUAGAAUAAAAAUUAUGAAAUGAACUAAGUACAUUCAAUUAAUAUUUAUUUUAAGAGACGACAUGUACCAAGAAAAUUUUUAAAUAUCAUUUUUAAAUUUGAAGGAAUAACUUUAAAUUAAAAUUUUAACCUGGAAUAUUUAUGGCAUUUUCAAAGCGACAUUAAAAAAGUAUAUUUAUACAUAUUUUUUAUUCACCUUAUCUGUUUUAAGUAGUUAUAAAAGAUACCCUUUUCCUAGUUUUAAUCAACUUACAAAAUCAUUGCAAUAUAUUUUCUUUUUCACAAUACUCAUGUUAGCUUCAACUUUUUAUUUACACAUCUACACAUCUUCACUAAUACUAAUAUCAGAAAAUACAUUGAGAUUAUCUUUUGUUAUACUCUUCAACAAAGUCUUCCACGGGCAGGUGUCCAUUCAAAACUGAAUUUCUCAGGUCUUCUGAAUGCUUUAAUUUCAAAAUCAUGGUUCUAAUUGUCCUUUUGUAGGAGUUGCUGAUCAGUCUUUUAUGUCGAUGGAACGUUUCUCUUUCAAUGGCUUCAACAAGUUCAUGUCCUGCCUAAGAGUACAAUUUUUUUAAAUACACAUUAUUUUAAACAUUUAUCAUUAUGUUAAUUUUACACAUUAUUUUAAACAUUUAUCAUUAUGUUAAUUUUAUAUCAAUGAAAAUGUAUUUUUAUAAAAAUUUAUUGUUACCAUUGUGUUUGUUUCUUGUAUUUUUAUUGUAGGGGUAAAUAAUACAUGUCAAUAGAAUUUACCUCCACUCCAAGUGUUUCAGCCAACAAUGUUUUGCCACGUAGUCUCCUGGUUUCAGUCUUUUUAUCACACUUAACUUCAAUUUGUGGCUUCUCUAAACAAUCUUGAAAGAAACUCCGCCAUUUUGUGAAAAUCCGUUUAGCUUCAGUGGCUAUCUCCUCAUCUUCAUGCCUUCUCAAUUUUCUUACAGUGAAACCUAGUUACAAAAGAAAAACAAAGCUGAAUAUUCAAUACAAUUUUUUUGUGUGCAUGAGAUCUUAUUCAAAGGGGAAAACGUACACGAAAUGCUAGAAUUACAAUACAACUACAAUGAUUUCAAUAAAACAGAAGAAGAAAUUAAAUGUGGUUAUACUUAAAUUAUACU